UGUACGUCUUCCGAAUACGAUUCAUCUGUGCAAUUGAACGAUAGGGAUGUAUACAUUGUCCAAAGGUCCAAGUAAAAUCUUAGCAAAGACAAGACGAGGGCUUACGCAAAAGGUGGAUAGCCUUGAAAGUCCGAGAGAUUUUGCAAGCAAGCGCCCCGGGGAACUUAACGGCACAGCUGAUAUGAGCUCCCCUAAGCCAGUAUUCCAACAAGUAAAUGGCAGGAGAUCUUACAAUCAGAAAAGCAGCCAAGACACUAUUACACCGCAGCAUGAAGAAAUAAUGCGGUAUAUCCACGACUCUUGGAAACUAGUGAGUCGAGAAUAUGAGGCUGCUAAACAACCAGGUGCAGAAGGGAAAGUGAAUAGUGUGGUGUAUUAUCAAGACAACUGUUCAACCAGUCAACUCCCAAGAGUAGGUGGGACUAGGACUAGAGAAGUAGGAGCAUAAGUCAGUGAAGUAACGAACAGUGCCCGUGCAGCUCUAGAAACUUGUCCAAUUCAUAAUUCAGAUUUUAUUGGAAAUGGAAUGUACAAAUAUUUCUUAAUAUACCACAUCAAGUCAGUUUUAUAAAUCUAACUUUCAAAACCAGAAUAUAAAUCCAAUUUCAGCUUGGUGGAAAAUGAUGUAAAAGAAGAUGGUUUCCUUCUUUAUUUGAAAAAAUUGUGAUUUUUUUUCCCCUACUUGCAUGUUGCCUAUUUAAAUGUGUAUUUUAUGUGUACCAUAUAUUUUUGUUAUGCAGAGUACUGGUUGUAGUUCUUAUUAUUUGAAGUAGAAUAUUAAUUUGUCAUUCUAACAUGAAACGUGAAAUUAUGUCUUGGUUCAGAACAUUUGUUACAUUUUAUGUAAAUAGCUUGAAAUAUGUUUUUGUUUUUAAUUUAAUAAGAUAUUAUUCCAAUAUCUUCAGCUUCAUUCACUGUAAGACAUCCUUGUAACAAGUUCGAGACUUUUAUGUAAUUUUGUAAUUUAUUAAAUGAUAAUAAAGAUUUUUUUUUUUUCUAGUA